GCCGUGUGAGGUGUAGUGAGGCUGAGUGAGACGAGCGAGCACAUCUGAGCCUCGCACCUCGCACUUGGCCCAAAGACCGAUGCACUUUGGUGGCGCAGCGCAAAAAGGUUGAGUAGGACGUCCGUGCAGCAUCAUCAUCAUCUUCAUCACCAUCAUCAUCAGCAGCAGCAGCAGCGACAGCAGAGAGAGAUCAGGAGGCAGGCAGCAAGACAACUGCAGUUUCGGUAGACCCAGCCAACUGAAUGACCUCAUCUUUAAAGUUGGAGUCACAGAGAGGCUGGCCACAGGAGAAGAAAAUCCUCAAAUAAAAGGUGUGAGUGAGCAACAGUAGGAAGGAUUUCACCCAGCAUGCCUCUGGCACAGCAUCUUCACUGGUCCAACAUGCCCACAACUACCAGGAUCCUGGCUUUGGCUCUUCUUCUUGUUCUACAGGCCGCUGCUCGCGCUGCUCCAUCAGGAGACAACAAGCUGGUUCGAACCACUAGAGUGAGGAGGCAGGCCCCAGGAGGGGAGCAGCUCCCCGCUGCUUCCUCAGCCAAUCAAACCCUGCGGGAUCAACCUCUGGUCUUUAACCAUGUCUACACCAUCAACGUACCCUCGGAGUCCCUGUGCUCUGUUGACCUGGAUGCCUCUGGAUCAUCACCCCCAGAUGCUCGUGCUGAGUUGGGAUCCAGACCUCCAGAGGAAGGUCCAUUAGAUCCAAAUGGACCAUCAGAAUACACAGAGCAGACGCUAGAUACUGACAGCCAGGUAACAUUUACUCACCGCAUCAACAUCCCAAAAGCAGCAUGCGGCUGCUCAGCAACAAGCUCGAUCCAGCAGCUCAUCACGAGGGUGGAGAUGCUGGAGAGGGAGGUGUCUCUGCUCAGGGCUCAGUGUGGAUCUGGAUCCGGAUGCUGUGGGGAGAGCUCUGCUAUGGGCCGUUUGGACUUCGUCCCAGGCUGCAACGGUCAUGGAAGCUUCAGCUUCGAUAUGUGUGGCUGUAUUUGUGAAGAAGGAUGGACGGGUAAAAACUGCUCCGAGCCCCGCUGCCCAGACGACUGCUCCAAUCAGGGGGUGUGCAUCGAAGGGGUCUGUGUGUGCGACCGUGACUUUGGAGGUGACAACUGUUCAGAGCCACGCUGCCCUUCAGACUGCUCGGGCCGCGGCCUGUGUAUCGAUGGCGAGUGUGUGUGUGAAGAGUCCUUCACGGGUGAAGACUGCAUGAUUGGAAGGUGCCUCAACGACUGCUCGGACCAAGGGUUGUGUAUCAACGGAACAUGCCAGUGCCGACCCGGUUACGUGGGAGAAGACUGCUCGCUGGUCUACUGCGCUAACAACUGCAGCAAGAAGGGAGUCUGCAAAGAGGGAUUCUGCGUCUGCCAGGACGGUUUUGCCGGAGAUGACUGUAACUCUGUGGCCCCAGCUAUGAAUGUGAAGGUACGAGGGGUGACGGAUCAAUCCAUUGACCUGGAGUGGGAGGGCUCCAUUGUGCUCACAGACUUCUUAGUGACCUACACACCAAGCAGCCCAGGGGGUGUGCAGCUCGAGCUGAGGAUUCCAGGCAACAUCAGCACCUGCAGCAUCGCAGGGCUGGACGCAGGCAUGGAGUACAACAUCAAUGUGUUUGCUGUCAUUAACAACACAAUCAGCAUUCCUGCCAGUAUCACUGUUUGGACCUAUCUCUCCAAUCCGGAUGGCUUAGUCUUCAAAUCCAUCACAGAGACAUCGGUGGAGGUCCAGUGGAAGCCCUUCUACUAUUCCUUUGAUGGAUGGGAGAUCAGCUUCAUCCCCAAGGACAACGACGGAGGAAUGACUGCACAACUGCCGAGCACUAUCACUUCAUUUGUGCAAACCGGUUUAAGGCCAGGGGAAGAGUAUACAGUCAACUUGUUGGCACUCAGAGACCAAGGUCGAAGCCAGCCGGUCACUGCUACUUUCACAACAUUGAUUGAUGGCCCCACUCAGCUGAUUGUGCGGGAUGUGUCAGACACGGUUGCAUUCGUGGAGUGGAUGCCACCGAAAUCAAAGAUCGAUCAGAUUGUGCUGCGUUAUGGCCUCGUGGGAGGAGAGGGCCCACGGACAACAUUUCGCCUCCAGCCCACACUUAGCCAGUACUCUUUACAGGUCCUGCGUCCGGGCUCACGGUAUGAGGUGUCCGUGAGCGGCGUGAAGAAGGGAAAUGAGAGCGGAUCUAUUUCCACCGAAUUUACAACCGCUUUAUCGUUCUUCUCAGAGAUCGAUGCUCCCAAGAACUUGCGGCUCUUGUCCAAGACCUCCACCACCCUUGAGAUUGAAUGGGAUAACAGCGAGGCUGAGGUGGACAGCUACCAGGUGGUGUACAGCACUUUAGCUGGAGAUCAGUAUGAUAAAGUGACUGUGCCACGCAAUGAAGGUGCCACUACUAAGACUACCCUCACUGAUCUGCUGCCGGGAACAGAGUAUGGUAUCGGCAUUUCUGCCAUGAAAGGUGCCAACCAGAGUACGCCAGCAACAAUGAACGCUCGGACAGGACUGGAUGAACCACUGGAUUUAACCGUGACAGCUUCGACAGACAACACCAUCACCCUGGUGUGGGGCAUAGUGCAAGGUCCAAUCGACCACUACAGGGUCACCUACACAUCUUCUUCUGGUGUCACUAAUGAGGUGACAGUGCCCAAAGAUAUCACCACCACCACUCUGACAGACCUUGAGCCAGGAACCGAGUACACGAUCACUGUGGCAGCACGAAGAGGGAGGCAGCAGAGCAACGCAGCGACCAUCGACGCCUUCACAGGAAUCAGGCCCGUUACCCACCUGUUCUUAUCAGAGGUGACUUCCGACUCGGUGUCGGUGGCUUGGAGCACCCCGGCGCCGCCCGCUGACCUCUUCAUUCUGAGCUACAGCUCUGCCGAUGGGACUGACACCUCUAAGGUGACACUUGACGGCUCAAAGACGAGGUCACUCAUCCAGGGCCUGCUGCCGUCCACUCACUACACCGUCAGUCUAAUCACGAUACAGGGGGACGUUACCUCCGAACCCAUUACAGCUUCCCUCACUACAGGCAUGGAUCCACCCAAAGAAAUGACAGUAACAGAUGUGAACGAGGACACAGUGACUAUCUCUUGGAUCAAACCACUGGCUCCAUUUGAAUAUUAUAAGCUGUCUUACCAGUCAGCCAGAGGUCGAGUGGACAGUGUGGUGAUUGACAGCGAUGUGACAAACUACACGUUGUCCAGUCUGUUUCCUGCCACAGAAUACGAGAUCAGCCUCAACGCUGUCAGAGGGAGUCAGGAGAGCAGAGUUGUCAGCACUUCUGUCUUUACAGCUAUGGACUUGCCGUCUGAGCUGACAGCCCUCAACAUCACCCCACAAGGAGCUUUGCUGAGGUGGAAUCCUCCGCUGUCCAGUGUCGACAACUAUGUGCUGACUGUCACACACAAUCAGGUGACAGCUGAUACAUUUCUGGUGGAAGGCAACAAGCUGGAACACCAGCUCUCCAACCUUAAGCCGAUCACCACCUACUCUGUAUCCCUCUACGCCACUAAAGGACCCCUAACAAGUGGGACUGUAAUCACCAAUCUCCAAACACCCAUGGACGCACCUGUUAACCUGACAGCCAGUGAAGUCAACCACCGCAGCGCUCUCAUUUCCUGGCAACCACCAAUUGCAGAAAUUGACAACUACAUGCUCACCUAUAAGUCAUAUGAUGGCAGCCGUAAAGAGCUGAUCCUUGAUGCUGAGGACACAUGGAUACGACUGGAGGGUUUGGCUGAGACUACGGAGUACACUGUCAAGCUCCAGGCUGCAAGAAGUCUUGAUACCAGUGCCGUGGUCUCCACUACAUUUACCACGGGGAGUCGUCUGUUUGCAACACCUCAGAACUGUGCCCAACACCUGCUGAACGGAGAGACUCUGAGUGGUGUCUACACCAUUUACAUCAACAGGGACCUGAGUCAGGGUGUGCAGGUGUACUGUGACAUGACCACAGAUGAAGGAGGCUGGAUUGUAUUUCAACGUCGACAGAAUGGCCUGACAGAUUUCUCCAGAAAGUGGAGCGACUAUCGAGUAGGAUUUGGAAACUUGGAGGAUGAGUUCUGGCUUGGGCUUGACAACAUCCAGAAGAUUUCUGCCCAGGGCCGGUACGAGUUGAGGAUUGACAUGAAGGAUGGACAGGAAUCCGUCUAUGCCAAUUAUGACAAGUUCUCCAUUGGGGAUGCAAGAAACCUCUAUAAGCUCAGGAUAGGAGAGUACAACGGCACUGCCGGUGACUCUCUGAGCUACCACCAGGGCCGGCCCUUCUCUACAAAAGACAGAGACAACGACAUUGCUGUAACUAACUGUGCCUUGUCCUACAAAGGAGCCUGGUGGUACAAGAACUGCCACCGGGCCAACCUAAAUGGCAAAUACGGCGAGUCCAGACACAGUCAGGGUAUCAACUGGUACCACUGGAAAGGCCAUGAGUUCUCCAUUCCCUUCGUGGAGAUGAAGAUGAGGCCGUUCAACUUCCGUAGCAUCAGCAACAAGAGGAGGCGGUCUGCCCCUGCAUAAACAAACUCCACUGUUCUGCCCAGAGUUAUGGAUAAAUGGAGUUCGGAUGAUAAUUAGUGUUGGGUUUCUGCUAUCUGUGUACCUCACUGUCAGUAAAGGCCGGCUGGAAUCAAUUAGUGCCAACUCUUUAUUAUUAAGGCUGCAAAGAGAAAAUGGAUAGCAAGAAAGAGAAUUAAAAAGCUACUAAUAUGUCAUUUAAAUAUUACAUUAAUACACUCCCAACACCAGGAAUUGUUCUACUUUCAUGUGAUUCUUAAAUAGCAGAUGGCUGACACCAUGUUCGAACUCUGUUCAUCUCUGCUCCUGCCCAGUGUCAGCUGUCUUUUCCUGCUGUAUUUCUUCUCAGACAAGACACUGUAUGUUAUUUAUUAAGUACUCUGAAUGACAAUGGUUCUAUUUGCUGUAAAACAGGGAAGGCAAACCGACACACUUCCUUUAAAAUCAAUCUGUGAUUUGCCUUUUCCCUGGAUGCGAGGAUAUGUGCUCAAAAAUGCCCUCGAGCGAGAGCUAGCGCUGUUUUAAACAUUAAAAAAAUAACUUUAAGGUCAAAAUAUACUGUAUAUGCCCUUAAAACCCUUGACUGUAUUAUAGGCUAUAUAUAUUUUUAUAACUGAUAUUGUGUUAGAGCCCAUCUAUUUAACAUGACUUGAUGCCUUGAUUUUUGACCCUUGAUUGAUUUAACAAAAAAUGAGAACAAAUAUUGGACGUGAUUUAAAAUUAGCAUUAAAAAGCAUAACUGCAGAUCCAGAAUCCUCAUUAACAGAGCAGUGCACCAGCAACGGUUUCAUGGCCAUCUGUUUUAUUUCAUUUCGACUGUUACAAUGUGCUUUGUGUUAAUUAUAUGUUAUAGCAGAAUAAAUUAAUCAAUUGUAAGAUGUUUAGUUUUUGGUAGCCACACUGAGACAGUUUUUGCAUUGAGAGUGGGAACACAGCAAAAUUAUUGUUGUUCAUUCAGUUCUUUACUUUAGUUGUUUGUGGGCAUUUAUGGUCCAUCAAUUUAAUUUUGAAGUAUGAUAUAAUGACUUAGUAUGUGUUUCCGUCCUGUUGUAGGUGCUGUGAUUGCUUGCAGAGAUGGUGCUAAUGAAUGCUCCAUUUAACCAAAGAUCUGCGUAAGACCAACCGUGCAGUUUCAAAAGAGACCGCUGAGUCACCCCAGCAGUUUUUCACCGUAUCAAUACAGCCCCACAAAAAUAAUGCCCACAAGGCAUUAUUUUAUGCAUUAUGAUCACAAAAUCCUAUACAUAAGAAACUCAGAGUGGGCUUAGAGCAGAUUUUAGCCUGGCCUCUUUCUUUCUGCUUGCUGAAGUGAACAGCAAGGAAAAAGAACAGUAUAUGGAAUGGAGCCAGGCCCUUCUUGUACUCAUUUCACAAUCUAAGCUCCUCAGUUGAAACAAUAAAUAUAACAAACACUGGUGGGAAUGUAUUUGUUUGAAUGAGGCAAUGAGGCAGGUGUAAUCUGCAGAAUGCAUUCUAGACAUGCUGUUAAUGUUACACAGUGUUCAAAGCAUUUUAGUUAACUGUAUUCUCUGGAAACUGCAGUACUUUCCUUAAAAGAUACACGACAUGCAUGUGAUAAAUGUCCUGCAACAAAAUAUAUUGUCCAAUAUCUCUGGAAAUCAGUGUCACCAUCACUCCAAGCAAUAUUUGGUCUCAUGUACUGUAUUUAAUCUAUAUUUUUUCCCCUUUGAUCAGCCGGAUCAGCUUUAGUUCAUUUUUCUCUUUGAAAUGAGCCACUACUCUGGCUUCUAUCACAUGACUCUGUAUAUAUUUUUGUUUGUUUGUUUUUAAUCUUUAGAUCUGAAAUCUACAGUGACUCUUCCCUCUAUAAAGUACUAAUAAUAUAUUCAUGUGGAUAUUGAGUUGAAUUGUCUUUUGAUGUGUUCCCCCUUUAGAUGCAAACUAAUUCAGAAAACCUUGUUGAGCAAUUCCAUUUUUACCACUGUACUUUGAACCACUGUGCUGAAAGAUGGAUGGAGCCUUCUGCAUGUUAAAAUGCAACCAAGAGCCUGAGAGUAAUUAAAAAAAAAUGUUUAGAGAAUAUGCUUCAGUUUGAAAUGUAGUCGCACUAAAUAUUACUCUUAAAAGCGGGUUAUAUGGUAGAUUGCUUUAUCAGGCUUCAAUUUAUGUGUUCAACAUGUUAUCUUUCCUGGGUCUCAUUUAUGCUUCAUUGUUAAAGUAUUUCAGAAUCUCUCAUGCAAUACAUUUCCCAUGGUGAUUUAUAGUAGAGUAGACAAUUCUCUGUGUACUUAUUUCAUUAACUACUUAGAUAAAGUUUCCCUCUGUGGGUUUUUGUACAAAGGAACAGAGGUCGGGGAAGCUCUGCAGAAAAGAAAGAGAAUGUCAUUUGUAUUGUGGGAAUAUUAAUUAUUGCAAACUACAAGGUGCUCUUAAAUCCUUCUACAACAAAGCUAUCGUUAUAUUUACUUUUUAGUCAGUAUUUUCAAAAAACAAAUCCCCCAAUUUAACCAUCUUUUUUUUUUACUGCAGCCACAGUUUGAAGUAUUUUUUUGCACGGAACAAGCAUUACCUUUCACUUUAGAAUUGAAAAUAAGUAUUACUAUUAAGAAAAGAAGUAUUAAUAUUAACCUUCUUUGCUUUUAGGAAAUUAUAUGAAAUUGUGCAAAACUAUUGGUCUUGUCUUGGAGACAUGCUUCAAGUGAUACAAAAAAGAAAGAGCUUCAAAUGCUUUCUUGACAUGAUAUAAUUUGUAUUUAUUCCUUUUAAUGAAGUAAGUUUCUGCUUUUUUUCACCCUUUCGAUAGGUAAUGUUCAAUUGGAUAUGUUUUGACUAUCUCUUUCUUCAUCUCGUAUAAUUUUGCCAGUUCAAUGUGUUGUAUAGCAUCAUUGAAAAGAGCAUCUUCCCUCUUAUUUAAGAUUAGAGUCCAUCUCAGUGAAACAGUACAUCUACACUGUAACACUGCUAGUACUGAGCCUUUUACAGGAAAAGAGGGAAGUCCCCUUAUUUAUUUAACUGAUAUUUAUUUUCUAUCUUCUCUAACUCCAAACACAACUGCACACUUUUUUUUUCACGGAUUUAUGCUAGUUUGAUUAACCGAGAAUCUGUAUCUGCAGUGAUCUGAAAUCUCGCCAGCAUGGAAAUGUAAAUGUUGAUAAAAAUGUGAUCUUGACUGUUUGACAAGCUCAUUUAUGCUGAAGUUAAGGAUUUCCUUUUUUUUUGUUGGAUAACCUCAGAUGUUGCUGUCAAAUUUAGCUCUAGUUUAACUGAAACGUGUACUAUAUAGUUCCUUUUUUAAUACAUUUUCUACAUAUUAAUAAAAUAUUCAAAUAGUCCAAUUUGAUAACUG